AUGGAGAAUUCUGCAGCAGAUCAGCAUGAUGUUGGUGAACCUUCAGCAACUCUGUUUUCUUUGUGUCAACUUCUUCCAAAAGCCGCAGAGUUGAGUUCCUUUCUCGAAAACAAGCUUCACAACCUGGUAAUCGGUGCAGAGGUCAUUGUCCCUGCAGCGAUCUUGGUACCAAGUUCUACACCGCUUUCAUACGUGACUCGAAAAUACAAUCGUAAAGAAAGCUGCCCCGAAAUUCCUGUCACACCAUGCAACGCCAAGGUUCCUGUCCAAGCCUUGCGUUGGACUCACCGCGGCAUCAACGCCCAACUUGCGUUCGGGGACAACCACGAGCACGCAGAUGAGUCGAUUUUCAAGCUGUUCGAGCAGCUCUUCCGCGGGAAUUUGACACCUUUGGACGUUACUAAGGAAGACCCCCUUCCGGUGUUCCUGUAUAAAAGCCCUGACAACCAUUUGGGCUUGUAUUCCCGCCGGAAUCGCAGACUCACUGCCUUCCUAAUGUACCAAGCUCUUCGCCGCGAAGAGUUGCUGAUGGUCCAUGUUCUGGUGUGUUCCCCAGACGAUCGUGCGUGGAGCAAAGAGUGGCAGAAGAGCUAUGAUGGUACCAGCGGUCUGUCCAUCAGACCACACGCUGGGCAUGCUGCCCAUUCCACGCAUCGCGGAGUUCCACUCUUCAAAGGGAGCUCCGACCACUUCAACGCCACCUUGCAUCGCGCUCGUGGACAAAGGCAUAGACAUUCGCAACCAGUGCAAGGUGCUCUGGACCUCCUAGCAGGGCGUGCCAGGUUGCGACCCUCACGCGCUGCGAACGACGAAGAUUCUAUCACCUUUUCGAGUGAACGCAUCGGGAGCGUGGGAUCUGGUGCCAGUCUCACUGAGGGUUCCAUUGGCCGUGGCAAAGGCAAACCCAACAGCAAAAGCAAAGGCCGAGGUAAGCCUUGGAAGGCCCGUAGCUCUGCACCAUCAGGCACUGCAAUGGCUUAA